AUGAAGUCUGUUUUUAUUUCUACAAAACUCAGAAACACAGACAAUGUUGACUGGGCCACAGCGCUCAAGAACUACCUAGCCAGAAUUUACGGUUCUUUCACAGAUUUCACUAAUGAGGUCAAGAUUAUCAACAAGUUGAGAUUAGAUUUGAAUGCUUCUACAAAUGAUUCAUCAAAUAGAUCUUUUUUGAAAGACUUAUACUACAAAUACUAUGGGCAAUUGGAGCUACUAGACUUGAGGUUACCAGUUCAAGAAGAUGGUGUACGUGUUAAAUUUCGUUGGUAUGAUGCUUAUGAUCCUUCAACUCAUCAUACUCAAUAUUCAUUAGCCUUUGAAAAGGCAUCAAUCUUGUUCAAUUUAGCAUCGCUGCUAUCUACAAUUGCUUCUGAUGAUUUUGAAAAUGGUGAUUUCAAAUCAAGUUAUCAAUUUUUUCAAUAUUCUGCAGGUAUAUAUAAAUUUAUUGGUGAAAAUUUCCUACAUGCUCCUUCUCAAGAUCUUGAUGGUAAAACUGUUGCUUUUUUACAAAAUUUACAGCUAAGUCAAGCUCAAGAAGUGUUUUUGUUGAAAUUGAUUAGUGAAGAUUCUUCUAAAAAAUCAUUGAUUGCCAAAUUGGCAAUGUCAACCUCUAUUCAUUAUGAACAAACUUUAUCAGCUUUUGAAAAAUUGGAAAAUGAAUUUGGUGAAGAGUACAAGUGGACAAAUAAUUUGAAAUUCAAAACAAGCUUUUAUCAAAAUAUUGCAUAUUUAAACUAUUCAUUAUCUAUUGAAGAGAAAAAAAUUGGUGAAGCCAUUGCAUUUUUAAAAUUAGCAUUGACUGGGUUUGAUUCUUUGAAAAAAAUUGAUAAUCAAACCAAUAUUGAUUAUAAAACUUAUCAAUCUCAAACUGAAGAAAAAUUGAAAUCUUUGUCAAGAGAUAAUGAUUUUAUUUAUCAUGAUUUAAUACCUUCAAAAGAUUCACUUGAACCAGCAGUUAUCAUAAAGCCAUUAGGUGCUGCUAAAGCUAUAAGCCUUAAUGAUCAUGCAAAUAUAACUGAAAUUGUCGGUGAAGAUAUCUUUGAAAAAGUUAUCCCAAUGGCUGUUCAUGAAAAAUUAAGUCUUUAUAGUGAGGAAAAAGCUAAAAUCCUAAGAGGUGAAAUUGAGAAAAAUGAAACUGCAGAUGCUGAGUUGAGCUCAUUCUUAGAAUAUUUAAAUUUACCUUCAUCUCUAGAUAAUUUCAAGAAUAAUGUUAAGAAUAAAUUGGAUUCAAAAUUAGUUGGCUGGUCGAACGAAGUUAAUGAUUCUCAAUACAAAGAUAUAGAGGCAAAUAAAUCAUUGAUUAGUGAUAAAAAGUCAAUAGUUUUAAGCACCAUCAAAGAAUUGGAAGCAAAGUUACAAGAUGAAGAAAAUGAUUAUAAUCAAAAGAAGCCACAGAUUGGUACAUCCCAGGAACCUUCACAAUCAGCGUCUAUUAAUUUGAGAGAUGAAUUAACAAAUGCAAAACAAUCAUUAUUAAGUGCUACCAAAUUAGAUCAACAAUUAAAUCAUACUAUUGAAGGUGAAACAACAAGGUUGAAUCAAUUGAAAUCAACACAACAACUUGAAGCUGUUUUCUUUAGUAACAACCAGCAAGAACAAAACUUGUUGGAUAUUGAUGACUCUUCAAAUGAUCAAAUUUCAAAACAUAUCACUAGAAUUGAAACAAGUUUGAAACUUUUGAAUAAUCUGAAAUUAGAAAGAUCAAAAAUAAUUGAAGACUUGAAAACUGUUAUUCACGAGGAUGAUAUUUCAAAUAUACUUGUUUUGAAUAAUAAAAAAUUAAGUGGGAAAGAUGAAAAGGCAUUAUUUGAUCAAGAAUUAACAAAAUUUGAACCAUAUACAAAUAGAUUGGAUUCAAUAAUUUUCAAACAACCUCAAAUUAUUAAAGAAAUUAAGAUUUCAUAUGAUGAAAUAUUAUCAUCAAAUUCACAAAUUUCUGAGGAAACUUUGAAAACUAAAGAAUUUGAAAAAACUUAUAGAUCAUUUAGAGAAUAUGAAACAAAUUUCCAAAAAAGUGUCACAUUUUAUGAUAAUCUGAUCAAUUUCGUUAAUGAUGUUAAAUCAAAUAUUGAACAAUUUGUUAGUGAUAGAUAUUCACAAAGAGAUAGAAUCAUCAAUUCAUCAAGACCACCUCAACCAAAUGAUGCGUUACGUGACAGGUUCAACAAAUUGAGUAUAGGAAGUAAUCAAAGUCCAAGAUCUUCAUAUAGUCAUGAAAUUCCAUCUCAACCUCCAAGACAACCAUCAUUUGGAGAUGCUCCAUUACAACCAGUGAGACAGCAAUCAUAUAAUUCUUCAAUCUCAAGCCAUCAUGCAUAUGACCAACCAACACCAUCUAAUUCAUAUUAUCAAUCAUCACCACAACUACCACCAAAGCCUCAGCAACCUCAACAGCAAUAUCAAUACACACAACCAACUCCACCACAGUAUAGUCAACCAACUCCACCACAAUAUGGAUACACUGCAUCACCAUCUGGAUAUUCAGACAGGUCAGCACCACCCCCAUUACCUCCAAAAUUCGAACAGCAACAACAACCUCACCAUAGUGGUCCACCAUCUGGAUUAUCAUCACUACAACCACAACCUUCAGAUAAUUCGAACCGUGUUCCAUUUUAUAACACACCGUCUGCGUUUGACCAAUCAAUGUAUAAAACAUUCGGUGCACCAACUCAACAACCACCACAACAACCACCGAGGUAUUCAUAUCCCUAUGAUCCUAACAAACCGUACCAAUGA